AUUAAAGAUAUGAUGCUUACUUGUAGGUGUAUGCAAACUAGUCGUUCCUGAAGCAACACUUAACACUCUUAUAAACUGGCACAAAGAGGCUUUACACUUGCAAUUCCUUAGCCGAAUAACUUUCUUCUUCUUGAUUCUAACUUGAGGGCACAAGACAACCGCCCACAACAACAGUUCCAUUCUCCGGCUUCCGGACGCCAUCACAGCGAGCCGUCACACAUAUGAUGCAUUAUUUACAUUAAGGCAUACAUCGAGUAGUUAGCUCAGCUUGUAUGGCGUCAAUCGGGUCCGCGCCGGGCGCGGACCCCUUGCGACCGUCCGCAAAUGCAGCAGCUAAGAAAUGCCUGGAGGACCUGUACGAGAAGCUGGAGGCAACGGUAAAGAAGCGGCUACGCAUCAAGCUGGGCGGCGUGCAAACCGUGGACUGGAGCAAGCUGUCGGUAGCGCUGAACUCGGCGCAGCCCAAGCCCAAGCCGCCCAUCCUGCCCAGCAGCCGGACAUGGCGCACAGACUUGGCGGUGGAGAUGAAGCCGGAGAUUAAGCAGCAACUGCGCGAGGUCUUCAUCAAAUACUGCGGCUGGGGCGACAAACAAAAUUUCAUGUUCAUCAGCCGUUCGCAGUUCAUUCGCUUUGCGCGUGACAUGGGCAUGUGCAACGAGGAGAUUGACGCGCUGGGGCUGUCGGGCCUGUUCGACAAGAUUCUGCUGGGCUCACUGGAUCCGGGCGCCGCCUCGCGUCUGGCCAUGUCGGACUUCGUGCUGGCGGUGACGGGUCUGGGCACCAAGCUGUGCCCCUCGCCCACCGUGCAGGAGUCUUUUGAGACAGUGGUGACACGCUACGUGCUGCCGCGCCUGGGCCAGGCGCUGCCAGAGCCCGACCCCAUCGACUCGGCGUUGCUGCACCUGGACGUGAUGGGCACACUGGAGCGGCUGCGACCCAAGCUGGUGGUGCUGUGGGAGACGUACAUGCAGCAGCAGCACCACUCGGGCACCGGCUCGGGGCACGAUUCGCCCACGGCCGGCAACUCCUCGGGCGGCGGCGAGUACCGGAUGUCGCUUAGCACCUUCCUGCGCUUCGCCGUGGACUUCGAGAUAACAGUGGUGCUGCUGAGUAAGGUGCAGCUGAUCCACUCCUUCAAGAGGUCCAAGUUCGGAGCGCACGACGAGCCUAUUGACUCCAAUCCACACACCCGCAUCAAGCUUAACUUCCAAGAGUGGCUGGACUGCCUGGCGCGCUGCGCCAUGCUGGCGUACGACUACAAGCCGCCGCCGGUGAUUGUGCCCACGCUGGACUUCAAGGCCUGCUAUCACACCAACGCCAAACAGAUGUGGCUGGCGGAGGCGGUGGCGGGCCACCACACGGGCCGCGGCGGGCUGGUGGGCGACGACGACGAGCUGGAUGAGGCCAGCGAGCUGGAGAUGCCGGCGGCGGUGGACUAUGCGCUGGGCAACGAGGACCGGCCACACUACGACGAGGUCAUGAGCCACGCGCCCAGCAUCCGCAUCACACGCAGUGCUGGUCCUGGCGCGGGCCCUGGCCCGCACUCCCCGGGCGCGGCUUCCGUGUAUGGCCGCGACCGGCUGAUCUCGCGUGCCGUCAGCAUUGCGCAGGGCCGCACCCGCACGCAGGAGCCGGGCGGCGCCGAGGCCAUGCUCAUCCACCCCGAGCCCAGCACCAUGCAGCAGGACCCCAACAAGCCCGUGCACUUGCAAAACUUCACAUGCGACUGGGUGGGCAAGCCCGGCCUCACGCUCAGCGAGACGGGUCGACUGCGGCAGCGGUCUUCCGACCCCUUCAUCGCGGCUGGCAUCUACCACACGCAGGUGGGUGUGGACCCCGCCUACGCUGCGCGCGCGGCGGAGAUGGAGGCUGCCCGGCUGGUGCGCGAGCAGCACGUGGAGGCGCUCAAGCUGCACUACCAGGCGGAGCGGCGGCAGGAGAUACGCGACACCACCAAGGCCGCGGCGGCGCGGCGGCAGGACCUGGAGCUGACGUCGGGCCAGGCGCUGGCGCGAGUGAUGGGCUCGUUGGGCGCCAGCAGCAGCAUCAGUGGAGGUGGCAGGGCACGGUCAGGGCGGCGGUCCGUCUCGCCCCAGGAGCAGGACGCAACGGCUGCGGCGGACGGCGUUGCGGCGAUGACCGGCGCGGUAGGGCGGCGGCAAGGCUCGGGUGGCGGGCGGAGAAGCGUGCCGCCGCAAAGCAUGCGGUCAGGGUCAGCGCCCAGGCUGAGCGGCGCCCUGGGGUCAGGGGGCGGCGCUGGCACGGUGGACGGGGGAGGGGCUGGAGGCGGCACGAUCGUGCCUGGGCUGGAGGCGGUGAUGGCGCGUACGGGCGGCAGGUCGGCGCUGCAUGCGGCAACCACGGGCAGUGUCAGCCCGGCCAAGCACAGCCGGACUCUGCUGCAGGAGCUGCAACAGGCGCUGGACGUGGAAAGCAAGCUUCCGCAGCACGCUACGACGAUAGCGGGGCACGGGCAAAUCCGCUUCGGGUGACUGGUCAUGCGCGGCUGUUUGCUGUGGAUUUAGGUUUGCAGGUGUCUGGUCACGGUGUCUGCCAUUGAGGCUGGAGAGCAGGCUCGCUGUGUGUUAAACGAGGCGAAUCCCAUCUAGGU